CGCCCUGCGCCUCCUGCCCCUUACGUCAUCUCUGCGCGCCGCGCGCGGGCCGUGCCGCCGCCAUGGUGCAGCUCGGGAGCCGCCUCCUGAGGGGCCGCGGCGGCCACGUCGUUAUCCGCUUCGCGCUGGGGGGCUGCACCAACCGGCCGUUCUUCCGCAUCGUGGCGGCCAACAGCCGGCGGGCCCGCGACGGGAAGUACCUGGAGCAGCUCGGCUGCCUGGACCCGCUGCCCAACGCGCACGGCGAGAAGGUGGCGGGGCUCAACCUGGAGCGGCUGCGCUACUGGCUGGGCUGCGGCGCGCAGCUCUCCCGGCCCGCCGAGAAGCUCCUGGGGCUGGCGGGGUUCCUGCCGCUCCACCCCAUGACGGUGACCGGCGCCGAGAGGCUGCGCCGGCGGCGACAGCGCGAGCAGCAGCCCCAGGCUGACCCUGCGGACGGCUCGGCCGAGCCCGGCACCGCGUCUUGACACGGCCCGGCCGGGAGGGUCCCGAGCGGCCCGGGGCUGCUCCGGACCGGGACUGCACCGGCCCCGGACUGGGACUGCUCCGGCCUUUCCGGGCCCGAGGACUCCCCUGCCCUGUCAGUGCAUCUGACCCCAUUAAAAUGUUACCUCUGCACUCUG